GUUCUUACCGUAGUAAUCCCUAUAAUUCGAGUUUUUAGUUUUGCGUUUGACCCUCCUCAGGUUCCGUUCUCUGCUCUGGUGACGGCCAGAAUCAUGGCGGCUGUCACUCUGGUUUGCCGUCCUGCGGGUGUCCUUCCCAAGCUUUCAGCCACCUGUUCUCCAGUGUUGCUGGCGGCUGGUCCUGUGACUGUUCAGCACAGGAAGAUCCAUCAUGCCGUGGUGCCGCAAGGAAAAGGAGGCCGCUCGUCCUCCAGUGGAGUAGCUGCAACAGUGUUUGGAGCCACUGGAUUCCUUGGGAGAUAUGUCGUCAACCGACUCGGACGUAUGGGCUCCCAGAUCGUGAUUCCUCACCGAUGUGACCAGUACGAUCUUAUGUACCUCAGACCUAUGGGCGAUCUCGGCCAGAUCAUCUUUAUGGAAUGGGAUGCAAGAGAUAAGGAAUCAAUCAAAAGAGCGAUCGCUCACUCCAACGUGGUGAUCAACCUUGUGGGAAGAGAGUGGGAGACCAGGAACUACAAGUUUGAAGAUGUCUUCGUCUCCAUCCCCCAGCAGAUUGCGAGGGCAGCUCGUGAAGCCGGAAUUAAAAAAUUCAUCCAUAUGUCCCACCUUAAUGCAGAUAUCCGCAGCCCCUCCAAGUAUCUAAGGAAUAAGGCUGUAGGCGAGGCAGCGGUGCGGGAAGAGUUCCCUGAUGCCGUCAUUAUGAAACCCUCGGAGUGCUUUGGAAGAGAAGAUAGAUUCUUGAACCACUUUGCUAACAUGCGUUGGUUUGGCAAAGCUGUACCUCUAAUUGGAAUGGGCAAGAAGACAGUCAAGCAGCCUGUUCAUGUGGUGGAUGUGGCCAGAGCCAUUGUCAAUGCCAUCAAAGACCUCGAUGCUAAUGGGAAAACAUAUGCAUUAGUUGGGCCCAACCGGUAUCUACUGCAUGACUUGGUAGAGUAUGUGUACGCACUGGCACACAGGCCCUUUUUGGCUUAUCCCAUGCCUCGCCCUAUCUAUCACCUCAUCGCAAGCUUUUUUGAGAUGAACCCUUUCGAGCCCUGGACAACCCGUGAUAAAGUCGACCGGUUCCACACAACGGACAUGAAGUACCCCGACCUCCCAGGACUGGAGGACUUAGGCAUCACACCUUCCUCCCUCGAGCAGAAGGCCAUUGAAACCUUGCGUCGCCAUCGGCGUUACCGUUAUCUGGAGGCUGAGCUCGGAGAGACCAAACCUGCCAAAACAGUCAGCUAUUAGCAUCCGGUGGUUGCUCCUGUGUCCAGUCAGCUCUCUGCUGGUCCUCACAUGUUCUCUAGUUUUACUUUUUUCUGUACAUAAAUAAAGAUAUUCAACCUAUA